GUUGUGUGUGUGUGUGUGUUACGUAUUGCUAUGUCGCUAAUUAACAAGAUGUAAGCCUGUAUAGUGAUAUCUUUUAUAUUUGCGGGCAGCCAAACAGGAUAGCAUCAUCAUUUGGUUGACGUUGGUAGUGGUUGCAGUUACCGUUUGCAGGCCACCGUAUCAUGCUAAUUCUGUGGCGUUUUGUCAUACUGUCAUAAACUGUUUGACCUAAAUCUGGCGCGGUGAAAAAUUUUAAGAAACAUCCACAGACGCGAAAUAUGCCGCUGUUUUUUAUGUUCCCAUUGUUUGAGAAGUAUUUAGAUAGUUUCAUCGGAUUUUUACUUCGUUCCGAAACACGCUCGGAUGUUAAACUAUGCAACGGUGAUCAUUUGGCGACGGGAGGUGAAAAACCUCGAUGUGAUGCACAGGAUCGUGGAGCCCAUCAGAGUCGUGCUACCAUCAAGUUCGAGAAGUCCAGGUCGCGUUCGAAUCAUUUGGUCGCGGUGGCCUUACCCCCUUUGCCGGCCGCACUAACGGCGCAAGAUACGGUUUAUAGUGAUGCUGACAAAUCUCUUAUGAUUUUUGAGAAUCUGGUAGAUGCUAUCGAAUUUUGUAAGAAAAACAAAUCAGCGAGCCCACGAUGGAAACAGGUAGCGGACACGACAGAGGCCGAAACUUUUUCAAGUCACCUUUUCACUGCUACGGUCUCAGAUGGAAGCAAGGACAUCCUGACGCAAAUGAAAAAUAACCGAGAGUCGAUUGGCUGGAGAAUGCCGAAGUCUCAAGAAACCGUUAAGCUACGCAAGACCAUUGAAACUGGAACGACAAAAGAGGUGCACGCUAUAAUUAGUUCCAAUCCCAGAUUUCUCAUAGGGAGCGGAGACACACCAACUGUUCUUCAGGAGGGAUGUCGCUACAACGCAUUUCACAUCGCCGCAAAGGCUGACCGGCCUGAUAUGUUGUCCCUUGUCGUUCAUACGUUACGCUCCAAGUCCUUUAUGAAGAUGAUGUAUCCGAACGACACCGAUAAGGCGACCGAAAGCCGCAUGGCAUUUUUGAUCGAUUUGUAUUUGAACAUGCCGGACAAGACACGAACAAGUGAGACUCCACUGCAUUUUGCCUGUAAAUUCGGCUCAGUAGAGUGCGUUCGGCUGCUUCUGGAUCAAGCAGAAUGCGACCGGUCGGUAAAAAAUGGUGAAGGACUGGAGGCGCAAGAAAUUAUUUGUGAACGAGCAGGCAAGCAGCCUGCUCUGGUUAGAAAGAUUAAAUCACUUUUUGAGGAACGAUUUGUAAUACCUAUAUUGCGUGACGAGGAUGGCGACUGUUUACCUCGGGUGGGGGCGCCUGUGACACCCAAGCAACUAGACUCGAUGCUCUACUCACCGCAGACGCGUACUCCACGCUCUGGCAAGCGGGUUUCUGCUAUUGUGGGGCCCGUCACGUCGCCGGUAGCCUCCGAAGUAAUGGCUGAGCUAACAAGUACUCGUCUACGACCCACGGAGAUGCAGAUCCGGCGAACAGAUGCUGAGAAAGGACUUGAAAGUGUUGUACGUCAAGUCGCCAGACGAUAUGGGGUGCCGUGGAAGGAGCGAUGGGACUUCCUCGAUUGUGACGUGGAUCUGGCUUCCUCGGAAGGGUUAAAAGCAUUUGAGAAGUAUUUAAAAAGGCAAUAUGAUACAGCUGAAGUAAGGUUCGUAAUGGGCGAGCGAGCUACGAAAACAGAUUAUCAUGUGUGGUCCGCACUUGAACCGAUCUUACACGGAAUUGACAGGGCUCAAAUGCCAUUUAUUGGUCAGUGGACUGACAACAUGAAGCGAUACACACGGGAUGAAAUGCGGACAUGGAAAACACCAAUAAAGUACUUGUGCCAGCACCGUGAAAAAGGAGCGGGUGAUGAUGCCGACUGUAUCAUUAAUCUCAUGAGUCGCUAUACUAAUAACGACCAGUGAAUGCAAG